UUCUCUCUCUCUCUCAGCAACCAGAGAGACAAGAAUCUAUAAAAAAAUCGGUUCCUUCAUGCCCUAGAAAUAAUCGGACUCGAUCGGUUACUUCUCUAAUUUCAGUUAAACGAAGGAAGAAUCAAAGAAAUGGCGGAUGAAACUCAGAAUUGUCUAGAGCCAUGGCAUCGGUUAGACGGAAAGGUAGUGAUGGUGACCGGAGCUUCUUCUGGGCUCGGUCUUGAAUUCUGCUUGGAUCUUGCUAAGGCUGGAUGCUACAUCGUCGCCGCUGCUCGUAGGAAAGACAGAUUGGCGUCUCUCUGCAACGAGAUCAAUCAAUUAAAUUCCAACAGAGCUGUUGCUGUAGAGCUCGAUGUGAGCGCCAAGGGACCUGAAAUCGAUGCGUCUGUGCAGAGAGCCUGGGAUGCGUUUGGUCGGAUUGAUGCCUUGGUUAACAACGCUGGAGUUAGAGGCAGCGUGAAUUCCUCACUGAAUUUGUCUGAAGAGGAAUGGAACAAUACUAUUGGGACUAACUUGACAGGAUCCUGGCUAGUAACCAAGUAUGUCUGCAGACGUAUGCGUGAUGCCAAUCUGAAGGGAUCAGUUACAAAUAUUUCAUCCAUUGCUGGUCUUAACCGUGGAGUAUUACCUGGAGCUACUGCCUAUGCUACUUCAAAGGCUGGUCUAAACACCUUGACCAAGAUUAUGGCCUUAGAGUUGGGGGCGCAUAAGAUCAGAGUGAACUCAAUAUCGCCAGGGUUGUUCAGAUCUGAGAUAACAGAGAAACUUAUGGAGAAAGAGUGGCUCAAAAAGGUGGCUACGAAAAUCAUCCCUCUAAGAGAACAUGGUACUUCAGACCCAGCAUUGACAUCACUUGUCCGGUAUUUGAUACAUGACUCUUCAGAAUAUGUGUCAGGCAAUGUGUUCAUAGUUGAGGCAGGAGCCACCCUACCAGGUUUCCCCAUUUAUUCUUCCCUUUGAUCUUGAUUUGUGUUGAUAAAGCUAUAAAGGUGAAAUUGGCAUUACA